AUGGACUACGAAGAAAGAUUGGCUUCUGCCGAAAGAUCAGAAUCACCUUCAUUAGUUGGUUCAUCAAUUAGAUCUGCUGAUGAUUCACCACAUAGAAAUUAUAUUCACCCUGAAAAAUAUAAAUCAACUAAUAAAAAAACUAAAAGUAAAUUAAGUAAAUUGAAUCCUGCGAUUGCCGCUUCAUUAGAUGACUUGAUUGGUGAAGGGGCUUUAAUCAAUUCUGAAGAAGAUUUUGAAAAAUAUUUAGAUAGUGAUGGAUCGGUUAGAAAGGAUGUUAAAUAUACACCAAAAGAAGAUGAAGAAUUUAAAAGCAAUGAAAAGUCAAAAGAUGAAAACAAAGAUUUACCAACUGAAAAAGAAGCUGAUAAAGUAGAUAAAGAAAUAUCAAAAGGUUCAAAACCUGAAUCAAUUGACCUUUCUGAUGUCCCCAAAAAUCCUAGUUCAUCUUUUUACAAACAAGAAGAUUAUUCAACUCCAAACUUAUCACAAUAUCAAUUGGAUCAAGAUAUAAAGAAUCAUAAUGAAUUAUUGAAUCAUGUUAAAUCAUAUGAUUUAGAAAAAUUGCCUAGAUCAACCCUGUCUUUUCAUGAUGAUUCCAAAGCUACUACAUAUAAACCACAAACACAAAUGUCAGCAGCACAACAACAAAGAUCAGAAGGUCACCUCCAUACACCAACUUUUUUCACUGAUAGACCAAGAUCAAGAUCAAGAUCUGCUAAUCCAUCAUCAAGAGUCGGUGAACGAUCAUCAUCAAGAUCAUCAACUAAUGCAACUAGAUCAAAAACUCAUUUAGCUAGAGGAGAUUCAUAUAAGAAUAUUCAUGGAGAUGAGCCUGAAAAAUAUGAAUUACCACCAGAAUUUGCUGCUCAAGAUAGACAAUUGACUGAAGCAGAUGAAGAAGACGGUAGACGUUCAAGACAAUCAAGACCUACAAUGGGUGAAUCAAUAGCUAAAGCCGAAGCUAAAAAAGCAGAAUUAGAUGCUAAAGAUAAAGCUUUUACACAAGAACAUGAAUCAAAUCCAGUUACUCGUGAUCCAUCAUUAGUUACAACUGGUGAUUAUACAAAUUUUGAAGUGGAUUCUCCACAUACUGAUUUUGAAGCUUCUAAUAAUCUAUAUUCAUCAAGAUCGAUAUCAUCAACUAAUUAUUUAAGGUCCAUAUCAAGAUCAAGAUCAAGAGCAAGACAUCCAAAUCCAAUGGAUGAAAAAAAUGAUGCAAAUGUAGAUACUUUAGUUGAAGAAGGUGCUUUGAUUUCAGAUGAUCCUUAUGCUUCGAUUGAUCAAUUGGAUACCAUGGUUGAGGAAGUGUUACAUGGUGAUAAUAGUUCUAAGAAUUUUUUACCAUUGACUGAAGAAGAUGAAGAAUCCGAAAAAGUUGAAAAGACGGAUGCAUCAUCAACAAAGGAGGAUUCAUCAAGUAAACAAUCAGAAUCAAAGGAAUCUACCAUUACUGAAACAAAACCAAAAGGAUCAACCAAUUCGGAAAAUGAAACACAACCCACCUCUUCAAAAGUGCAUGAAGAAGUUAUUAAUGAAGAUGCCAAAAAGGCUAAGUUUGAAGGCAAUGAAAAAGAUGACGCACAUCCGGAACCAUUGAAAGAAGAGGGUGCGUUAACGAGUGAUGAUCCAUAUGAAAGAGUUGAUGAAAGUGAAUUAGAAAAAGAAGGCAUAAGUACUGGUGAUAAACAAGCUAAUGAAGAAGCUAAUGAAAAAAUUGACAAAGCUGUAGAAAGUCCAUUGAAGAAAGAAAUAAAACCAGAAUCUAAUGAUAAAAUUCCUGAUGAAUCGGAAAAAUUGGAAAAAACUAACGACAAAGCAACGUUAUUGGAAGGUGUCGAUAAUGCAGAUGGACCAGCUGAAUUGGAAAAUUUAGAAGAAGAAGAAAAAGAAGGUAUUAAAGAAAACGAAGAGGAGGCAAAAGAGGAAAAAGAAGGUAAAAUUCCAAAAGAUGAAGAAGCAGAAUUGGAAUCAGCUGAAAAAAAUAAACCAACAUUGGUUCAAGGAGGUGAAGAAGAAAUUAAGUCUGUUUCAAAAGAGGAUGAAGACAAUAAAGAACCCAAGGAAGAAGCAAAAUUAGAACAGGAUAAAGAAGUUGAACCUAAAGAUACAUUAAUUCAAUCAUCUGGUGAUGUAGAUGGUCCAUCUGAACUAGAAAAACAAGAAGAAGAAGAAAUAGACGGAGCCAAACUCCACAACAAAGAAAUUAAAGAAGAAGAAAAAGGUAAAACUCCAAAAGAUGAACAAGCUCAACAAGAAUCAGCUGAGAAAAAUUCAGCGGCAACCAAGGGAACUGAUGAUUCUGAAGAAUUUGAAGAUUUAGAUGUAUCACCAGAAGAAAUUCGUAAACACCUUGAAUCAUUACCAAUAUAUAUUUUCACAUCAUUAGCAGGAGGUAUGCAAAUCAUGCCAAGAACUAAUAGAUUAGCAACAAUAUUACAAGCUAAUGGUAUUAAAUUUGAAUAUAGAGAUUUAGGUACUGAUGAAGAAGCUAAAAAAAUAUGGAAAAGACAAUCAAAUGGUAAAACAUUACCUGGUAUAGUUAGAGGUGAUGAUUUUAUUGGUAAUUGGCAAGAAAUUGAUGAAGCUAAUGAAGAAUAUAAAUUGAAAGAAUUACUAUAUGAAACUCUAUAG